UAACAAUAACCCAACCUAAUUGAUGACCAUCAUUCUUAUAAUUUAGGAAUCCUUUGGAAUGUUAUUUGUCGUACCAUCGGCGAGUCCACAAAUUGUGAUUGGCCUUCCAGCGAAACACCAAACAAACAAGAGAUCAACUAUUUUGUCAACGAAUUUAAUUGUCCCAACGAAAGAUAAACUUGCUAACUAAUGGAUUAUAACAACAAAGGAUAAAGAAAAGAAAAACAUUCAAAUGAAUCCAAUUUAAUUACGAGCUCUUAUUGUUCAAUUCAGGAAAUUUCAAAUUUCUCGCUUUUCAUUUUCACUCUUGUGGCAUUGACUGAUCAAUGGCUCUAAUGGUGAUCAUCAUUACUGGAAAUUUAACUGUUACAAUUUAACUAAUUGUUUAUCAAGAUGCUUUUCACCUUCAUCACUCAAUUGGUAAAUUCUAUUGAACCAUUUCUCCUCUAGGAAAAACUAUUCAUGGAUUCAAUUGAUUACAGAGAAAAAAAAACUUUCUCUUCAAUAAUUUGCUCGGAAAUAUGAUAAUAGUUGUUAUAGAUUUCGCUUUAAGAUAAUCAUGAAUUAACCAUGACAAUCAACAAAAGAAUUUGAAUUUUUCAAGUUAAUCUUACAAAUCUUGACUUGAGCCUUGGAAAAUUUCAUAAGUGGAUCUAAUUAUGUUAAUAACAAAUCAAGCUCGAACUGUUAACCAUCAAAAUGGAUUCAAAGUUAAACUACUCAACAAUUUGGUCCAAUUAUGGUUAAGCAUUAAAUUGUGAUCAACCUUAAUCCACAAGAUUGGCAUGUUCCUCAUCUUAAUCAUCAUUUUGAACGAAAAAUUCCUACAACACCUACACAAAACUAAUCGCCAUUCAAUUAAGACUCUUAAUCAAUGAUGGAAAAUUGUUAUAACAACAAUUCCAACAUCAUUAUCUCAAAUCUAUCAAUUAUUUCAAUGAAAAUCUUCUCAACGAAUUUAAAAUUUACGAUCUCCAGAAAAGUUGAUACUUCCUUUUUGAUUAAAGGUUAACAUACAUCCUCUAAACCACAGAAGCUUCAACAAUUUAACUUUGAGCAUUGUUCACAAUACAUUUAAGAUCACAAAAUAUCAUCCUAAUCAUUAUCUUCAUCAUCCACCAUCACGAUAACAGGAAGCCUCAUUAAGCUCUGGAGAAAAGGCCGUUGAAACUUAACCUUCCGUGAAACUUUGUGACAACUGACAAAAUGACAUACAUCCGAAUGGAAGAGCAGAUAAAAACCUUAGGUGAGAGAGAGAGAGAGAGAGAGAGAGAAAUAACCAUUAAUAGUGAAUAUUAUGGUUACAACAAUAAGGUAAUUAAACAGAGAAAGAAAAAGUAAGAUGAGUUCGAUGGAAGCCAAAGGAGAGGAUGAAGAUUUGUGAGAGAGAGGAGGUGAUGUGGUGGAAAGAAAUUGGAUAACAUCAACAGAGGAAACUUAAAGGAAGAGAGUGGAAAGUGAAAAUUACCUUUGAUUGUGGUAAUUCCAACGUAAUCAUGAUAUAAUUGAGAAAUGGUUUCAGAUUUUCUCUCUCUCUUCUUACUCUUAAGCUACUCUUCAUAUUCUCUUUCCUCUUGUUCAUAACCAAAGAAACCUUGUUUCUAUUUACCUCUUGAAGAAUAAGUCCAAUCAACGAACUGGAGAAAGUGGAAUUAAGGUGGAGAGAGAGAGAGAGAGAGAGACUUCGAAUAAGCGGUAAAAUUACUUAGGAAUGUCCAACGAAGCUUAACCUUUCUUAUGCCUUUUCUUUUUCUCUACCAAGGUCUUGAUCAAUAUCUUCAUCUAUUGGUUUGCAAACAAAAGUUGAUCAAGAUGAAAAUGAUGGAGAAAAGGUAAGAUGAUGAAAUAGAGAAAAUUUCUGAGAGAGAAACAGCAAAUUUACCUGUUGGAAGGUGUUAAUGGUGAAAGUUGAUCUACCGGUGAAUUGGGAGAAAUGAUCAAUAGUCAAUCUCUUUAAAUUGAUUAUAACAAUUUCUCUUUACAUUGUAUUAUUAUGUUCAUUUUAGAAACUUUAAUUACUUUAUUUUUGUUUUAAAGUUUCAAAUGUAAAUUGCAAAGGAUUGGAACUCGGAAGUGUUUGUGUCAUCAACUAAGAGAAUAAAAUUAAUAUUCAUCACUCAAUUAUGCUAUCACUGUGCUAAUUGUGAUUAAUUGAAAAUCCGGGUACAAUUAACAUGGGCAACAACAAUUGAUCGACAACAAUAAUUGUUUUGUGAAAAGUGUUUCCUACUCUGUCAAUCUUGAUGAUGGAAUCGCGACCAGAAAACACAAAAUUGAUGGACAAUUGAAGUUUUACUAAUUGUUGACAACAAAAAAAGGAAGAAGAAAAAAUUAAAGAGAAAAACAAAUUGGAAUAAGAUUUUGUUUAAUUUGUCAACAAACAAUAAACUGUAAAUCGUUUCAUUCCAAUCGUGGGAUCAUCAGUUGCAAUCAUUUCCAUCGUUGGGUGACAAUAACUUCGUCCACAGGGAGAGAGAGAGGAAGAAGAAGAGAAGAGAAAAAUCUUCAACCAUAAGAAAACUUCGGGAGAGAGGAAAUCAAAUGCGUGCUUCAAGUCUCACUUUCCUUUUCUCUCUCUUCUCUUUCUUACCUUUUUUCGCAACAUUUCUGCAUCUUCAUCUCUCUCUCUCUCUCUCUCUCUCUCUCUCUCUCUCUCUCUCUCGCUGUUGAUCCACAUUCUGUUUAUGUUUUGGAUGUUAACGUUUAUCGGAUACUUCCAUCAACUUAUUGUUGUUUUUGUUUCCAUUUUAAAGUUUAAUUGUUGAAACGAUAAAACAACAACAAACAUGAGCUUGAAAACAAUAUUGAGAAAUUUUCUCAAUCACUUUGAAACGCUGGAGGAGAGACGCAAAUGUCCCAAUGAUGACGAAGAUUUAUACGCAAUUGAAUUUCAAUCUCUCAAAGAAUUAACUGAAUCUCUUAAACGUGAAAAUUUCUACGCCUGUAAACAUGGACUUAAAGACGUUAAUAGAAAGAAAAAUCGAUACAAAGAUAUUCUUCCAUAUGAUUAUAGUCGAGUGAUUCUAAGUGAAUACCCUGGUGUUCCUGGGUCCGAUUAUGUUAACGCCAAUUUUGUUCGUGGAUCAACGGGAUCGGCCUGUGCCUACGUCGCUUCUCAAGGUCCACUUCCUAAUACCGUUGUUGAUUUUUGGCGUUUAAUUUGGGAAUGUGAGGUUCGGGUCAUCGUAAUGGCCUGUAAUGAAACCGAAUCGGGAAAAUAUAAAUGUGAAACUUAUUGGCCUGCAGUUAAUGAUCAGGAACAACAAUAUGGCAAUAUAACUGCUCAACAGAUCGAUUGGAGACAAGUUUGUCCCGAUUUUCUGGUUCGCACCUUUAGGAUUACAUGUGACAACAAAGAACGAAUUGUUUGCCAAUUCCAUUAUACAACUUGGCCUGAUCACGGGGUUCCCACGACGGUCGGACCGAUUUUGGAGCUUGUCAGGUUAAUGAGAGAUGUCCAAGCAACUGAGGCAACACCAAUUCUGGUUCACUGUAGUGCGGGUUGUGGCCGAACGGGUACAAUUUGUAGUAUAGAUUAUGUUUGGGCUCUUCUACGAACGGGAAAACUAGAAGAAGAUUUCAGUUUAUAUAAAAUCAUCCAUGAGAUGAGGAGACAAAGGAUCGCAAUGGUUCAGACUCAGGAACAGUAUAUACUUUGUUAUCGAGCCGUUGCUGCGCUUUUCGAGCAACAAUUAAAGGUUAUUGAUGCUCAUACAUAUGAAAACUUGGACGAAGAUGGUGAACCAUAUCAUAAGUUUGCUGAGGAAGCGAAUUCAAGUUCUGAUGAUGAAGAAAGCUCGCCAGGUAUCAGUGAAGCAGAAAUUCAUUAUCGACUUGAAAGAAGUGCCACUUUUCCGAGUAAAGAUAUGAAACAAUUGGUUGACUCUUGGAAGAUUAAAAAAAUGACAGCUACUCCAUCCACAGAAUUACCUUCACAUCCUUCAGAUUCAAUGAUAUUCAAUGAAAAUCAAGGUAGUCAUGAUAAUAAACAGGAAAAGUUGAUCGGGAAGGCAACAGUGAUACGUCGUCCAAGCAUAGCGAAGUUUAAAGCGAUGUUUGGUUCAAUGGAAUUGGCUCAUCAUCAACUUCGCUCUCAACAUUCCCAAUCUCAUCCUCAUCAUCUUCACAAUACAUCACAUUUUCGUCCAUUGGAACCUCCUCGUUUGGAAACUCCCUCUGAUAACGGUAACAAUAACAAUCCAAACAACAACGAUCUUUCCAACAAAAGUACCAACAACGGAAACAAUAACAACUAUUUCCAUGGGAACAAUUUUUCAUCACGUUUUCAGGACUCCGAUUGUACAGAUUCGGUGACCACUUCAGACCAAGAAACUGAAAAUGACCGUGAACCCUCAUCUCAAAUUACCGCCAAUCCUUUAUGUGAACCUAAAAAACCGUUUUCCUAUUUGGCUCCAGAGCAACUUAAAGCUUUUAGCGCUCAUCAUCUUAAUCAUAAUCAUUAUCAACAAAAACAACAACAACAACAACAACAAAAACCUCCUUCAUCACCUUCACCUCCUCCACCACCUCAACUAAUCGGAGAUACGAGUAAUCGAGACACAGCUGAUGAUGAAAUUGAUGGUCAGCCAACCUAUGAAUCUCCAGCAGAUAUAAUCAGACGCCGACAUUCCCCGCAUCCGAUGUUCCAACGAUCAUUUGAUGAUGGAAUGAUUAAUCUAAUGAAUAAACAUCGUUCGAGUCUAUUAAAAGAUUUACCUCCUCCACCUAAACCCCCAAGGACAUUUCAAUAUGGUACAAAAGGCAAUACAAUCUCUCAUAUGAAUGGUCGCGCCCUUUUAAGUCCACUGGAAUCAAAUAAUAGCGGUCGUAUCAUAGUUUCCGUUGCUAAAAGAGUAAGACCUCGAAUUCACAUUCCCGAUGAUGAACGACCUUCGUUUCCUGAAUCUAAAAGUCACAAUGAUCUCUAUUCGGCUUCAACUUAUUCUAAUUUACCAUUUUCUUUUGCUCGAUCGUCACCAGCACCUCCACCUUCAGCUCCUUCGAGCACCAUAACAUCUCAAUCUUCCCAAGUAAAUCAGUAUUAUGGUUAUAUUUCAUCUGGAAAACAUCAAUUGGAUAAAUUAAGUCAAGAUUCAAAUAAUCAACCACUUUACGAACGAUUAAAACAUGACCUUUUCCAAACACAAACCAAUGGGCAUGAACUAUCGUUGAGUGGUAGAUCAUUACUCCGUCCACCAAUACAUCGAAUGCCUUUAACUAAUGUAAACAAAAUAAUUAACUGUGGAGGUGGAAUCGGAAUUGGUGGAGGAAAUGAUGGAUUACCACAGUUUCUUUCACCUCAUCGAAAUUUACCCGAACCCAAUCGUUUUGGUAAUUUAACAGUUCGACGAGAAAUAACAAGUCCACCACUUUUAAUGCAGAAUCCACAUCAAUCCAAUCAAUUGGUAUCUCGAAAUCAUGGAAUCUUUCCCGGUCUUAAUGGUCAGAAUUUACUUCAUCCGAUACCAUCAUGUCCACGUCCUCCAAUCAAACUUCCCGAUUGUAAUGACCUGAGAAGUGUCGCCGGUGAUAAUAAUAAAAUAGGACAACAAGCAACUUCAAAUAUUAAAAUGAAUUCAUUCAAUAGCAAUUGUAGUAACAAUCAACAGUCGGAACAACAACAAAUCAACCGGUCAAACGGUAAUAAUAAUAAACCAAAUCAAAGUAACAACGGUACACCUCGAAGUGGAAUCCCAAUCUCAGCAACUCCAACACCAGGAACACCGAUUGGAAGUAAAUUUAAUAACAAUAAAAGCAACGAGCACAAUAACAAUAUGAACAAUAACACCAGUGAUAAAAGUUCAUUAGAAGUUGGUGUUCGUACUAAUGAAAAUAAGAAAAAAUCAACCAAAUCAAACAGUAAAAGUGAUUCUAAACUUGGUAAUCAAGUUAAUCAAGGGAAUCAAGAGACUAAGAAACAUUCAUCAUUCUCGUUUUCUAGUAUUUUCCCGUUUCGUAAAACAACAAAAUCGAAAAGCUCAGCUAGUCCUAAUCAACAAUCAGGCCCACAAUCUAUUCCCGGUAACAAUACAAACAUACGACCACCUCAUUCACACCGGUUUUCCCCUCCAACCCAAUGGACGCAAGUUUAAUUUUCUACCUGAAAUGAAUUAAUUAGUUAUUAUCCAAUCUAUUGAUGAACAAUUAGUGGUGAUGAUUAAUGAUCUGAUUAAUGAAAAUGAAAAGCAAUUGUAUCGUGCAAUAAACGACCAUCUUUUGCCGUUGAUUUACCACUUUGAUUCACUUCCAUCCGAAACAAAAAUAAGGCCAAAUAUAAUAUUUGACCAAAAAUCUAAUCUAAUUGUACAACAUUGAUCAAUCUUUAUUAUUUAUAAUCAAUCAAUAAUUGAUAUUAA